AUGAACUUAAUGACACAAAGCGCCCACACCAAUCAUAAUCAUAACAGCGGCAACAGCAAUACCAGCAGCAGUUGCAAUGCGAAAUCUAACGGUGGCAGCAGCAACAAUAACAACCACAUCAGGAAUAAUGUUAGAACAUGCAUGACCACCAACACAACACAUAACCCCAUAGAUGCUAGCGGCAGCGGCGGCGGUAUCGGCAGCAGCAGUAGUGGUAGUUGUAACAACAGUGGCAUUAACAGUUAUCAACACAGUCUACAGCAACAAACAACAGCGGCCGCAGCGGCAGCAGCUGUGGCAACAACGCGCGACCAAAUAAACGGUUAUGCAAGCUUCAAGGAACCCGAACGCUUUAUAGAGCAUAAUUUUUGGCAAACACAAAAGCAGGCUGCUGCUGCGGCAGCCGUCGCUGCUACGCAUGCGACCAAUCAAUGGUCACUUAAUAACAAUCGCAAUUAUAUGAGUAAUCUAUCGCAAAUCUCAUAUUCGAAUAACAGUCAACCGAACCAAAGUUCAUCGCCGUAUGUGCAAUUCAAUCCCUACAUGAACAUGAAUUUAAAUAUGAACAUGAAUCAGCGUUCAUUUUUAAAUAGCGCGCAAGCAACGGAUAAAAAUGCAAUGCAUUUAAAUCAUUUCGAUAAACAUAAUAUGCGUUUUGGGGAAUACGACUGUACAUUGCGCUAA